AUGGGAAUUCUGGACGCUGAACUAUGGUUACCUAGAGAUGUACAAUGGUCCCAAAUACCAAAUCAAGUAUCGGAACUCUUUUAUGUACCAAUACUUGCAAUAAUGAUAAUUAUUUGUCGUAUUUUUUAUGAGGCUUUCAUUGGUAUUAUUUUCGCACGUUUACUUGGCUACGAGAAAAAUUCUUGGCUUUAUAGCGUCAAAAAUUAUUUAUUUUUUGGCUUUAUUACGAAUAGGCGCUUAAAGAAAUUUGUGGAAUGCUUUUUUCGAGCAUCGGCUUAUUUAUUUUUAUUUUUAUUUGGCUGUUAUGCGCUUACGGAUGCAAUUUGGGUCCACGAUGUUAAAUAUUGCUGGAUUGAUUAUCCAAGACACAACCCGACUAAGCGAAUAAGGUUGUAUUACAUAUUUCAAAUGGCUUUAUACUGGUCACUAUUGCUUUCAUCUAUUAUCGAUAUUCGCCGAAAUGAUUUCUGGAUACACAUCCUACAUCAUUCUUUGACUCUUUGCUUACUCUCUAUGAGCUGGAUUAUAAAUAGUAUUCGAGUUGGAACGCUGAUUCUUGUUUCGCAUGAUGUAUCCGAUAUUCUAUUGGAACUGUCGAAAUUAUUACGAUAUGGUCCUAGAACUGCGAAAUAUGCGCCAAUCGUUUUUAUACUAUUUAGCUUUUGUUGGGUAAUAACGAGGUUAAUAUAUUUUCCAUUUGUUAUUCUACGUUCAGCGUUAUUUGAUGCUGCAAAUCUCGUUCAACCUGAUUAUAGUUUAUUCGACAUUUUUCAGCGUCCAUAUGUUCCACGAAUAAUGUUUUAUCUUUUAUUACUACUUAUGGCACUUAAUAUUUAUUGGACAAACUUAAUACUUCGGGUAAUCAUAACGGUAAUAAGGAUUGGCAAUAGUAAAGAUAUACGAGAAGAUGAUGAUGAUGAAGAAGAUGAUAAUGUCGUGAAUAUUCCUGCUCAUAAAAAAGUACAGUAA